AUGCCUAAAGCUGGGCUCAAAGUGAAGACCAAGCGGUCGACCGCUCAACCUCCGAUCGAUAAUGAUCCAAUGAACCAACACUCGGACAACGACAUCGACAUGGACGAUGAUACCAGUUCGAACGAGGAAGAUCUCCCUGAGAAGGAUGAGGCUGAAAAGAAGCUCGAGCGCAUGCUCUUUGGUGACGAUGAAGGAUUCAUGGGCGCAUUGAAGAGCCAACAGGAACGUGCUGCUGGUAUGCAGCUCACUCUGCUCAGCGAUGAUGAGAGUGGAAGUGGUGGUGAGGGCGAUGAGGAUGAUGAGAACGAGAACAUUGAGGAUAUGUCAGACGCAGACCUCUUUUUCCUCGACUCAGGCGUCGUUCCCGAAACUACAGAUGUCAUUCCUUCAGCAGAGACACCAUCCGAUGAGGAAGAUGAGGAAUCCGCCCCCGCAAUCUGGCAUGACAGUGAUGACGAGAACCUUGCCGUCUCACUCUCCAGCCACGCUAGAUUGCGCAAACUGCGUGUUGCAGAGUCGGAGGAUGUGAUUAGCGGCAAGGAAUAUAUUCGACGACUGCGCAGACAGUUCCAGCGCAUGCAACCUACUCCCGACUGGGCGAACCCUGAACUGGCUGCUAAGCGUCGCAAGACGGGCUCGGACGCUGAGUCCGGUGCUGAGGAGAUCGACUCGGAUGACGAGGCUGGAUACUUAUCGAUGCAGCCACUGGCUAAGCUGCUUCAGAAUACUACGGAUCUCACCCGUAUUGAAGACAAUGCUCGUAGUGGUGGAAAGCGCAAGUUGCGACAGGAAGUACUAGAUAUCCAACGUCUCAAGGAUGUUGGUAAGGCACAACCGUCCUCCAUUGACUCGCUCACUUUCCACCCUCACUACCCUCUCCUGCUCUCCUCGGGUCCCGCAUCAACCCUCUUCAUGCACCACAUCUCCCCCUCCGCACCAGCCCCGAACCCCCUCCUCACUUCCCUGCACAUCAAAAACACUCCAAUCCACACCUCCGCAUUCGCGCCACCUGGAGGAAACAAGAUCUUCGCCUCCGGUCGACGACGAUACUUCCACAUCUGGGACCUGGAUACCGGCAAAAUCGACAAGGUCAAUGGCACCGCCGACCGAAAAGAAGAACAAAAGUCCAUGGAACGCUUCAAGCUCUCACCCUGUGGCCGUUAUAUCGGUCUUGUCGGCACAUCCCGUAAGGGUGGUGGUCUGAUUAACGUCCUAGACUCCGGAACCGCUCAAUGGGUCGCACAAGUCCGCGUUGAUGGUAGUGGCGGUGUUGCCGAUUUCGCCUGGUGGUCUGAUGGUGAAGGUAUGACCGUUGCUAGUAAGAACGGUGAAGUCUCCGAAUGGGAUGGUAGACUCCGUCGUGUCGUUGCACGCUGGGUGGAUGCCGGUGCUGUUGGAACUACAGUCCUUAGCCUUGGUGGUCGCUCUGGUCGUGCUCAGCUUGGUGGUGAUCGUUGGGUUGCGAUCGGUUCUUCCAGUGGUGUCGUUAAUAUCUAUGAUCGUCGUGACUGGGCUGCGGCUUACGCUGCUGCUUCCCAGACUGAGAAGGAUGGUCCUUCGCAAGCUGGUAUCCCCCGUAACCCGGAGCCUGCGCGUGCUUUGGAUCAACUUACUACACCUAUUAGCCAUUUGGUUUUCGCGCCAGAUGGUCAGAUGUUGGCUAUGUCCAGUCGUUGGAAGCGUGAUGCAUUGAGACUUGUUCACCUUCCUUCUUGCACGGUUUACCGUAACUGGCCUACUUCCAAUACGCCGCUUGGUCGUAUUUCCUCGGUGGCUAUCUCCCCGAACUCGGAGCAGUUGGCUGUUGCUAACGAGCAGGGUCGUAUUCGACUCUGGGAGAUUCGGGGAUAG